UAAAUAGUUCGAUGAAAUUCAUUUCUUCGCGUUUUAACAUCCCGAAUAUUUCGUAAAUUUAUUUUCGUAGGUGGACCCAAAUAAUCCAAAUCGCUUAAUUUCAUAUUCGAUAGAAACUAGUGUUGUAAUACUUGGUAAAUCUAUCCCACAUUCCACUGGGUGUAAUUCCCGAUAUUCUGAAAUACCAUUAAAUAUAUGCAUUGAAGAUCCAGUCAUAGCAAAUGCAAUAGCUGAUAGCUUAACUUCUGGUCGUCCACCAUUAGUUUUAACACCUGAUGUCAGACGAUCUAUUGAUGCAUUCCGUUGCUGGUUAAAUAAUUCACUGUCGAAACAGUCAUUUUUAUUAGUUGGUCCUGAAGGAUGCGGUAAAACUCUUCUAUUAGAUUAUUGUUUUGCUACAUUAUCUCAAUCAAUUCAUGUCGUCACUGUUCAAUGUUCAGCUCAAACAACACCAAAUCAUAUUUUAGAUAAAUUAAUGCAAUAUUGUAUUUGUGUUAUAAGUACAACUUCAAAAAUGUCUAGUGGACGUGUAUUACGUCCUAAAGAAGGUGAUCAACUUAUUUUAUACUUACGUGAUCUUAAUCUACCUAAACCAGAUAAAUGGGGAUCAUGUCAAUUAAUUGCAUUUUUACAACAAAUACUUACUUAUCAAGGAUAUUAUGAUCCAACCAGUUUAGAAUUUAUUAGUAUUGAAGGAAUUCAGUUUGUUUGCAGUUUUACACCAUCAACCACAUCAAUAGGACUUGGACGUUAUUCCUUAUCGAAAAGAUUCACAUCGGCUUUACGUUUAACUGUGAUAAACUAUCCUGAUAAAGAUCAGUUGGUUAAUAUAUAUGCUUGUUUAUUACAAGCUAUCAUUGUUUCUAAAUUACAAGCAAAUAACCAAUCAUUUGGUUCAAAACAAUUAAAUCAUGAUGAUGGGAUGAAACAUAAUACUUAUAAAACAAUUUUUAAUCCAGCUAGAAUACAUAAUAUGUCUACUAUAAUGAUUCAAAUAUUAUCUGAACUACAACAUAAUUUUCGCGCUGAUGAAUAUGCUCAUUGUGUAUUUACACCUCAUUUAUUAACUCAGUGGGUAACUGAAUUAUUGCGCUACGAUUUAAAUAUAUCAGUCAAUUACAUCUGGGCAGUAUUCGGUUAUGAAGCAAAACGUUUAUUUCGUGAUUGCUUGCCCGGUGAAAAUGCACGUCAUCAAUUCGAUGUAUUAUUCAAUAAAAUUUUAUGCAGCUGUUUGAAUGGAAAUGAUAAUGUUGAUGAUCUACCUAAGCGAAAACAUAAGUGGGAAUUAUCAAAUGAAAAAUGUGAUGAAGUGCAAAUCACGUUAAAGAUGGCUACGGAGGAUUUUGAAUUAGUUGAAAAUGAAGAACGAAUUAAUCAAUUUGAUAAUGAUGAUGAUCUUCUUAAAAACGCUAUGUGUUGGUUUGUUACAUGGAGUGGGAAGCACCAAUUACCACCAGGCAGCCCAAUACCAUUACAUGGCCGACCAUUAGGAUCUAUAACUUAUACGCAAAUGAAAGAAACAGUCCUGAAAGGGUUAAAACAAUUAGCCAGAGAGAAAUCUCCACAAGCUGAAAAUUUAGUAUUAUUCCCAGAUUUCAUUGAUUAUAUAUGUCGUAUUGAUCGUGUGCUUAGUCGUCCAUCAGGUUCAUUAUUACUAGCCGGUAGAUCUGGUAUAGGCCGUAGAUCUGCUCUCAAUAUAGUCGCUCAUAUACAUCAGCUGAAUGUUUUCCGUUUACACACUGGUCGUGAUUAUCAAAUGCGUCAAUUUAUUACCGAUAUCAAAACAGUAUGCCAAGCAGCAGGUAUUGAAAAUCAGCCGACAUUAUUAAUUAUUGAAGAUUAUCAAUUAACAAGUGACUACUUCUUGGAAAUUAUUAAUAGUCUUUUGGCGUGUGGUGAAGCAAGUGGUUUAAUUAGUGCUGAUGAGUUAGAAACACUCAUGUCUAGUGUUGCAUCAAAAAGUGGAGUGAAUUUCAAAGAACAAGCAGCAGAAGCUGGGCAUCGUGGACCACUAACUGCUUUCUUUGCUGAACGUAUUCAUAAGAAUCUCCAUUUUGCCAUUAUUCUAGAUAUAGAUGAUUAUGAAUUAUUCAGUAAUUGGUUACAAUCAAAUCCUUCAUUUUAUAAAUAUUGUUCUGUUCAAUGGAUGGAUUGUUGGUCUAAAUUUAGUUUACUUCAAAUUCCUAAACUACUGAUACCUAAAUCUUGUAUACCGAAUAACGCAAAUAGUUUUAUUCAAGCUUGUGUCAGCAUUCAUAAUUCAGCUCCUUAUCCUCAUAUGAUGAUGCCCACACCACGUCACUUUAUUUCACUAUGCAAUAAUUAUGCCCGAGUAGAACAAAAUCAUAGACAAAAAUUACAAUCAGAAGUUAAACGACUAAAAAGUGGUUUAAUUAAGUUGAAAGAAGCACGUGAACGUGUAACACAAUUAAAACAGCAUGCAGUUGAACAAGGUGAACUGUUGGUUGAAAAACAAACUGAAGCUGAUAAAGCUUUAGAACAAAUAAGCGCUGCAAUACAGGGUGCAGCUGAACAACGUUCAGAAAUGGAGAAAUUACAAAGUCGGACAACAGAUGAAUCUACUCGUUUAGAACGUCGAAAAUUAGAAAUUGAUGCAGAACUCAAUGAAAUUGAACCAUUAGUUCAUCAAGCUAGAUCUGCUGUUGGAAAUAUAAAAUCAGAGGCUUUGUCCGAAAUUCGUGCAUUACGUGCACCACCGGAUAUUAUACGUGAUAUAUUAGAAGGUGUUUUAUUACUUAUGGGCAUACGUGAUACAUCAUGGGUUAGUAUGCGUGGAUUUUUAGCUAAAAGAGGAGUUCAAGAGGAAAUUUUGAAUUUUGAUGCGAGAAAAAUUACACCAGAUUUACGUCUUAGUGUUGAGGAGUUGUUAGCAAAAAACCAGGAAUCAUUUGAACCAAGGGUUGCUAAACGUGCAUCCGUCGCAGCUGCUCCUUUAGCCACAUGGGUUCGUGCUAAUGUACAAUAUGCUAAAGUGUUGGAACGUAUUGCUCCGUUAGAAGUAGAGCAUGCUAAAUUAAAACAAUCAUUAAUUCAAGCUGAAAAUUCAUUGACAAGUUUAAGUAAAGGUUUAAGUAAUGUAGAUUCUAACGUAGCUAAUCUACGGACUGUUUUUGAAAAGCGUACAUCCGAAGCAGCAAAUUUAAAAAUGGAGCUUGACAAAACGCGUGAAACAUUGUUGUCAGCUGAAACAUUAGUCGGUGAAUUAGAAAGUGAGCACACACGCUGGGAGAAUCAGAUCAAUCAAAUAAAUAUACAGUUAGCUAGUCUACCACCAUUCGCACUGAUAGCAUCUGCAUUCAUAACCUAUCUAUCACCUUGUCCUGAAGAUGUACGUCGACAACAAAUUACAAAUUGGAUUAAAGAUUUAACUAAUCUUGGUAUAAUGCCAACAUCUUUAUCUUCUGAAGUAAACAAUGAUCGCACAUCAAGUCAAGAUUUUGAUUUACGUAGAUUUUUAUCUACUGAACAUGAGCAGUUAUUAUGGUAUAGUCAAGGUCUAUCGUCAGAUCAAUUAUCAGGAGAAAAUGCUGUUACUAUUGUACAUACUGCGAUGUGUCCAUUCAUUAUUGAUCCGUCGUCAAGAGCAUUAAACUGGUUAAAAGUUUAUUUGCAAGACCAACGUUUAGAAAUUGUAAAUCAACAAAGCCCAAAUUUUAUAACAACAUUAGAAUUAGCUGUUAGAUUUGGAAAAUGUUUAAUUGUACAAGAAGUUGAUGAAAUUGAACCCAUACUUAUGCCACUAUUAUCAAAAGAUUUAAUUUUACAAGGAUCACGAAAUUUUAUAAGAAUUGGUGAAAAGUUAAUAGAUUAUCAUCAAGAUUUUCGUUUAUUUCUAUGUACACGUAAACCAUUACAAGGCAUAGAUUAUAUUCAACCAAUUAGUGCUAAUGCAUUAGUUACUAUUAUUAAUUUUAUUUCAACACGAACUGGUUUAAUAGAACAAUUAUUAGAAAUUACUUUACAAAAUGAAUGUCCACAAUUAGAAAAUCAACGUCAACAAUUAAUUCAUAAUGAAGAGGAAAUGAAAAUGGAAUUAGCUAAAUUAGAAAAUGAUUUACUAGAGGAAUUGUCAAAUGCUCAUGGUAAUAUAUUAGAGAAUAAAGAACUUUUGUCAUCAUUAAAUAAAACGAAGCAAUCAAGUUUAGUUGUAACGAAUUCAUUGAAAGAAUCCCUACGUUUACAAGCUGAAUUGAAUAAGGAGAGAAAUGUAUUUUAUCCAUUAGCUGAAACUAGCAGUCGACUUUAUUUCGCUCUGAAAGAUCUCAUGAAAAUUAAUCAUAUGUAUCAAUUCAGUUUAAACAGCUUUCUAUAUCUUUAUCAACGUGCUCUCUCUAUGCCACAUAAUACUGGACUGAAGACAUCGGAACGUAUUCAAUCAUUGCAAAAGCAUAUAGAACAAUUAGUUUAUGAAAAUGUCUGUCGAGCAUUAUUUAAACCAGAUCGUUUGAUGUUUGCAUUACACAUGGUUCGUACAAUGCGUCCACAAUCGUUAACAGAUGAAGAAUGGCUGUUUUUUAUUGGAUUAAAUGUCAUAGAGUCAUGUCAUACUGGUGAGAAGCUUUACAGUUGGUUAGAUGCUGAACGAGCUCGUAACUUGAUGAAGCUUAAAACUGCACUUCCGAAUAUUUAUGAAAAUCUAUGUUUUGAAGAUUCUCAAUUUUGGACAAAUUGGUUACAUGAGAAUGAUGUUGAAAUGAAACCAAUGCCUAAGAAUCUACAAUCCAAAUCAUUGACAGCUUUUCAUUUCACAGUUCUUGCAGUUCAAGCUCUUCGACCUGAUCGUUUAUAUUCUGCUAUGUCACAGUUUGCUAGUCGAACGCUAGACUUACCUCAACUAAGUCCAUCAACAUUGAAUUUACACAGAUUAUUUGAAACUGAAACAAGAUCAACAGAACCUAUUCUAAUAUUAAUUAGUCCAGGAGCUGAUCCAUCACAAGAAUUAUCUGAAGCAGCUACACUUCAUUUCUCACGUAAAAUAUUUAAUAAAACAUCAGAGACAACCUCAUCACAUUAUCGUCAAAUUGCUAUGGGUCAAGGUCAGACCGACUUAGCCAUAAAAGAACUACAUUUAGCUGCAAAACAAGGUGAUUGGUUAUGUUUGAAAAAUUUACACCUUGUUAUACAUUGGCUACCAGUACUGGAGAAAGAAAUUAACACAUUGUUGAAUAUCAAUAAGAAAAGUUCAAUUAGUCCUAGCAAUAAUGGUAAUAAUGAUAAUGAUGAUAAUGGUACAAUUAAUAAAUCUAUUGAUACUGAACAUUGUGUACAUGAAGAUUUCAGAUUAUGGUUAACUGCAGAACCACGUACCACAUUUCCAUCUAAAUUAUUACAAGGUUGCCUUAAAAUAGCUUAUGAAGCUCCACCUGGAUUAAAACGGAAUCUACAAAGAACUUAUGAAACUUGGCCAAGAAACUAUAUAUCUCAAGGAAAUUCAAGGACUCGAGCAACUCUACUUGCAUGCCUAGCUUGGUUUCAUGCUGUUGUGCAAGAAAGACGAACUUACAUUCCACAGGUGAGUAUUCUUUUUUGAACACAUUUUAAUACUUUAAAACACCUUAUGAAAUCGCUAGCUUAUGUUUUUCUACGUACAUUCAACUAUAUAUAAACCGAGUAUGGCUUAGGUAGAUAGAAAUUAGUUACGUGUAGAUCUUAGCAACUAAUAAGCGAUUUCGAAGAUUGUCCUAUAUUUUAAGAAAAGCGUGGUUGUGGUAAUGGGUUUAAUUUGUAGGUAACAUUCUUCACCGUUCGACCUUAGAUUGGGUAUCAAGGUCGCUAAGACAGAAUAAUCAGUGUAGGAUUGUUAUUAAAACAAUUUUAGUUGUUUAUAAGCGUUAAAAUGAAUUAUGUGUAAUGUGUAGCUAAAUUAGCUUGUAAGUCAAAUAAAACGGUUUGAUAAUAUGGGACUCCUCAGCAGUGCGCAUCCACGACCCCGCACCCAGGACCUACCGGUUCCGCGCACGAGCACUUAACCACUAGACCACUGGGCCGGCGUCCAACGGUGUUAAUAUCUAACUUCAACUAAUCCACGAAGUUGCGCCACCGUACACCAUUGUCUUCAGUGAGCUGGUAUCUCACAACAGACCUGGUUGAACUUCACUAGUAACGGCUUCCCAUUAGAACUCCAGGAGUACUAGGACGAAACGGCCGUCCAGUGCUUCCAGGUUUUCCAUAGUGAUCUAGCUUCAAUUGACUCAUGAUUUCAACUUGUGAAAUUUCUAAAAAAUCUCCACAAAACCCAUUCUGAUUUGAUAAUAAUCAAAGUGGGGGGGGAGAGAAAUAAUUGGAAAACUAAUAACCACAUUACUUGUUGGCGAUUGCGUAACUUAUUUAGUGUUAUUAAUUCAGUUAAAGAUAGUAUAACUGAGGAGGUGUUAACUAAUUUGUUUAAAUACUUAGGAGCAAGAUAGUUAAACUAGAUCUAUAAUCAGAUAAAUUUACGUUGCGAGCACUAGAGUAGGGAAUGUUCUUUCAGCGAAUUGAGUUACCAUUUAAUAAAGAUUACUGACUUGUGGAAUCUAAUUAUCUUGAGUGCAGAGUUCCGGGGUUUUUUCUAAACUGUAUAGCUGAAACUAUUUUAAAGGUUUGGAAACUGACUACUUUUUUUGGUAGAUUCCUUUGAACAGUGUACAUUAUUGAAAAGAAAUGGGUUUUUUUCCAUAUGGUGCUUUUGUAUUGGAUAUGAUAAGUCGUGUAGGUUGAACGCUAUAUACGAUUCCUAAGCUAUUUCGGUAACCCGCAGUCUAGAACUACACAGCGACUUGAACUCCAGAGAGAAGACACAAGGAUGAGAGAAAACACUUUAUUCCAAGGUUCAUCUUUGUACAGAAAAUCAUGGGUAUUUAUAGAUUUUGGCGUCUGUUAAAUCAACAUCAUUUUACAGCCAAUCUGAUAACAACACAUUAUGCUACCGACCAAUAGUAGCACGCCACGUUGGAAUUCUAGAACGUUCCAUCACACUCUGAUUGGCCAGGACUCUUCGGCUCCUUGUGGGCCUCUGGAGGCUCCGUUGAAGUUCUCCGGAAGCCGACCCAACACCUCCCCCGAAUAAGAUUUCUUUCUGGGAUCUACUUGUAGUUUGAUAACUGGAUUGCGACGGCGUCCCAUUAUUCUUGUCGUCUUUCUUGUCCAAGACUUCUUUUCAGUGUUCCUGGGCGUUUGUGGCAUUGGUGCGUCUAAGAUUAAAUCUAACGGGAAAGUCGGCCGGUUACUUCGCGUCUGCACCGUUCUUUUGUCCUUAAGGAUUUGAUUUGUGUGACGUAUACAUGUCCCAAAAGCUCCUCGAACUUUGUACAGUACUCUUCCCAGUUUUUGCACGACUUCGCCCGGCUCCCAUCGGUUCUUCCCGAUGUAUGAUUUAAUGUAGACUUUGUCGCCAAUACUGAAGUUCCGGAUACUUGGAUCGCGACUACGCUCAUCCACUAGUUUGGAUGGCAACAUGGCAUCGAAGACUGUUCGAAUACGCCUUCCAAACAUGGCUUCCGCGGGAGAUUUGCCGUCUCGAACAUUUGGGUUUGGGGUGGAUCUGUAUGAUGUUAAAAAUUUUGUGAUCACCUGCUCAGUCGUCCCUUCUCCUCCCCCUUUCAGUAAUGCUCGUUUAAAAGUGUCCACAAAGCGCUCUGCUUGUCCGUUUGAUUGUGGAUGAUAGGGUGGAGAACGAAGAUGAUUUAUUCCGUUCGUUCUACAGAAAUGUUUAAACGAUUCUGCGGCAAACUGAGAGCCGUUAUCCGUCACUAAGGUCUCUGGCACUCCGAAACUGCUAAAUAGGGUAGACAACUUGCGGAUCGUUUCUGACGUAGUACAAUUUGGCAUGAUGUAUACUUCCGGCCAUUUAGUGAAUGCAUCUACGAUAAUUAGAAACAUUUUCCCUUGGAUUGAACCGGCAAAAUCUGCGUGAAGUCUUACCCAGGGUCCCGCGGGCAUAGGCCAACACUGAGGUUCGCAUUUCGAAGGAUUUUUAGCGGCUUGAAUACAUGAUGAACAGUUACGGCAUUUAUUCUCGAUAUCUUUGUCCAUUGACGGCCAAUAAGCAUAGCUACGAGCCAAAGAUUUCAUUUUACUGAUUCCAGGAUGGCCACUGUGAAACUGCUUGAGAACCUUGUGACGUAAUAACUUCGGAAUAACAAUUCGAUCACCGAACAUAAUACAGGAGUCAACAACCAUUAGAGAGUCCCGUCGACGAAAAUAUUGCAAAAGUUCUCCGUCGAGGCGAUUGUUUGGCCAUUUGGUCAAGAGAUAGCAUUUAACUGAGCUCAGUAUCUUAUCACUUUCAGUUAUCUUCUUGAUAGUUUCAAAGGUUACUGGGAGUCCAUUAACUGCGUCAUCCAACACGCGAUGAACUUCUUCCUCGGCUUUUAUAUUUGCUACAAGAGUCUCCUCCGGGGUUUUCGAUUGGGAGCCUAUUAAUCUCGACAAUGCGUCAGCUUGCCCGAAAGCGGUAGUAGACUGAUACUUAAUCUUGAAGUCGUAACCCAGAAGUGUGGUUGCCCAUCGUUGCAGUCUGUUUGCGGUGUAUACAGGUAUACCUUUCUUCGACCCAAAGAUGGCUAGUAAUGGUUUAUGGUCAGUUAAUAGGGUGAACUGACGUCCAAAUAUCAUCUUGUGAAACUUCUUUACAGCGAAGAUAAUCGACAAUGCUUCCUUCUCGAUCUGACUAUAGUUACGUUCUGCUGACGUUAACGAUCUAGCCGCAUGUGAUAUCGCUUUCUCUGAUCCAUCUGGCAUGAUGUGAGAAAUAACUGCUCCAAUGCCGUAGUUUGAUGCGUCUGAUGCCACUACAAUGGGUAAGGAUGGAUCGUAAUGGGUGAGCAGCAGAUCCGAGACUAGUACUUUCUUGAUUUCAUCGAAAGCGGCUUGGCAAGUUGCAGACCAAUUCCAUUUUACAUUCUUCACAAGAAGGUUAUUCAGGGGGGCACGUAAUUGAUGAAGGUUUGGAAUAAAAGCUCCAUAAUGGCUAACUAGUCCCAAGAAGGAUCGUAGUGUGGGGACAUCCGUCGGUCUGGGCAUAGUUUUCACUGCCUGGGUAUUCUCCGGAUCUGGUCUUCUUCCAUCUUUGUCGAUUAUAAAUCCAAGGUAGCGUACUUUUUGCAUACAGAAGUCACAUUUCUCUGGACGAAGUCGAAGUUCAUAUUCGGCUAUUCGCGUCAGCACCUGGUCAAGCUUCUUUUCUAAGUCUACUCUAUCUACUCCCAUAAUUAUUAUAUCAUCUAGGUAAGCUGCAGCACCUGAAACAUCUUGUAGCAUAGUAUCCAUUAUUUGCUGAAAUAUGGAUGGGGCCGUCUUGACUCCAAAGGGUAAUCGAUUAUACCGGAAUAGACCCUUGUGUGUAUUUAUGGUAAGCAGGUUUUUAGACUCGUCAGCAACAGGGAUUUGUAAAUAAGCUUCUGAUAAAUCCAACUUUGCAAAAUGCUUACCUCCGUUCAGUUUAGCAAAAAGAUCUUCAGGUAAGGGUAAUGGAUACUGAUGAGUUUCUAAGGCUUCAUUCAACCCGGUUGAGUAAUCGGCACAUAAACGGACGCUACCAUUAGUCUUCUUUACUACUACUAUCGGUGCAGGCCCAUUCUGAGAAAUUCACUGGUUCAAUGACACCUAGUUUCUGAAGUCUUUCUAGUUCUUGUUCAACCACUGGUAGAGCAGCAUAUGGUACGGGUCUCCUAGGUCGGAAAACAGGAACAGCUGCAGGCUUUAGAGUUAACAGUGCUUUGGCUUUCGUACAUUCUCCCAACCCUUCUCUAAACACGUUUUGGUGUUUCUGUAGCAUGGCGUUUUUCUGAUUCCAUUCUGGAGUGUUGUCUGUACUUACUCGUCUGCAGAUACUGUUGAUAGAAUGAUCUGCUAGUUUAAGUGUUUCUAUAAGGUCCAACCCCAUUAAGUCUAGUGCUGGCUUCUUAGUAAGAUACAAUGUUGCAUUUGUUGUUACCGUACCUUUAGAAACAGUGCAUGGCACUUCUCCAACAAUAUUCAACUUCCCCCCAGAUGCACUGUGUGCCAGCUGUGUUGUUGGGAAAACUGUGGGUCUCCCAAUGUUCUUCCACGUUUCUGGGCUGAUUAAAGUAAUAUCAGAAGCUGUAUCCAGCUGAAGGCGGGUACGGUGUUUAUUAAUAUUCAAGGUCACAUACUUUCUUUGGUGGCAACUUCGUGCUCUGUUAUGUGAUACCAAUAUCUUGUUGGUUGGAGCACUAUAUCUGUAUUUCUUUGAGUAAGAUUUCACGGAACGUUUUCUAUAGUCUCUUCUCCUGCAGAAGUUUUCUUUAUGCCCCUUCCGAUGACAUUUGCUGCAACGAUGUUCUUUAUAUGGGCAAAACCUCUUAUAGUGCCAACCUCCACAUGCCCAGCAUGGAGAUGAUGGUUUGUCGCUGUUAUUUUGGAAAUUAUGGGUACUGGAACCUUGAAAGACUUUUCUCUUGACUGCAUUGACGUUACGGAAACAGUUACCGUUUUCUACCAUUGAGGUAUCAUGCUUUAAGUUUACUAACCUUUGGCACUCAGUAGUCACUUCUUGCAGGGUCAUAUUAGGGCAGUGUUCGAGUUUGCUUAGGAUUCUGGUUCGGAUAUCGGCAUCUUCGGGUGAACGCAGGCUGCAGAUAAAUACUAAGCAUUUAAACUGAUCUUCAGACAUGGACGACAAUCUAAACCUCUCACAUUCUCGGUUCACAGUUCCUGCAUGCUUUACCCAAUCAUCUCCUGGUUCUUUUGUUAACUUUAAGCACUGGUAACGGAUAUUAAAUAGAGAUGAUUGUUCUCCGAAUAUUUGGGAUAGGGUUUUGACUGUAUCAUCAAAACUAAAAUCUCGUGGGUUCUUCGGAAGAAUGAAGUUGCUAUAGCGUUCAUGUUCCAUAGUCCCAAGUUUUCUAAGAAGUAUUCUGACUUUUGAAGCAUCAUCCAGUUUGCAAAGAUCAAUAUAAAACAAAUCUUCAUACUUCUUAAACCACGACUCGAAAGUUACACCUGCUACACCAUCAAAAUUAAAUUCAUGGAUGGCGUUAAUGACUGAAUCAGUAUGUGAUACUUGAGAUUCACUAGAAGCAGGGUUUUUCUCGGACAGGCAGAAUUUCUGCAUCAGGGUUUCCAUGAUUCUAAUAUGGGACUCUUCAAACCUCUUUUCUUGACGCACCAUAUAAGCUUCUAAUUGCUCCAAGGAAAUAUUCAUUGAAGUUUUCAUCCCCGUCGCCACUGAUAAGUCGUGUAGGUUGAACGCUAUAUACGAUUCCUAAGCUAUUUCGGUAACCCGCAGUCUAGAACUACACAGCGACUUGAACUCCAGAGAGAAGACACAAGAAUGAGAGAAAACACUUUAUUCCAAGGUUCAUCUUUGUACAGAAAAUCAUGGGUAUUUAUAGAUUUUGGCGUCUGUUAAAUCAACAUCAUUUUACAGCCAAUCUGAUAACAACACAUUAUGCUACCGACCAAUAGUAGCACGCCACGUUGGAAUUCUAGAACGUUCCAUCACACUCUGAUUGGCCAGGACUCUUCGGCUCCUUGUGGGCCUCUGGAGGCUCCGUUGAAGUUCUCCGGAAGCCGACCCAACAGGAUAAGUUAAAGUUAAACUAAAAACUAUCUUAAUUACACUUCUGCCUAAUCAGUUUGUUAUAUGUUCACGAGAACAGAAAUGUAAAUUUCCAGUGUAAUUUAUUCCUUAGGAUAUGCAUCUGAAGGAGAUGCUAGGUUAGGUAUUCCUUUUAGGUAUCACUAUCGGAUACGAAGGAAACACUAGUUGUAUUCCAAUUAAAUUAAGCCUUCUUUGCAAUGUUGUUUAAUCUUCUAAUUAACAUUGAUGUAUGUCCUCAAAUAUGGUUUUCUGUGCUCAUGAACGUCCGACUUCAUACGCUAUCUUUUCCUUAAAAUGUAUUUGCCUCAACUUGGACUAUUUCUUACUGCAAACUAACGAGAACUUUUGGAAAAGUAAUCUUCGUUCACCUAUUCAUGUGUUUUAAACCAAUGAAAAUUUCCUAUUAAUUGAAACAUAAUUUGAAGAUGGUUGAUAUCACUAAAAGACUUGAAUCAAAAAGUUAUUCCAAGCUGGGGAGCAGGAAACAUCUGUUUCACAGUGUUUCAAGACUCCUAAACAAUGCACAACCAUAACCCUAUCAGAAAUCAAACCAAGGACAUUCGAGUCUCUCUGUAAGGCUGGUGGGAUUCAAUAAUUCUCAAUUCCAGCAUCACGCAAUUCACGAUACAAUACAAUCAUCAUCUACUGCCGUUGUUGAUAGCCGUCUUAAUAAUGACGUGAAUGAGAUUGUAACAUUACUACAAUUUUGUAGUGACCAAAUUUCAUACCCUUGCUAUCCAACUGUAUACAUAUUUCAAAUUUUCUGGCUUUUUGAAAAUAGAAGGCAUAAAAUCAUAUAAUUUUCUUUAAAUAAAUAAUGUUUAAGGUUCUUUCAUGUAACGUAAAACGUGCUGGGAUAAAUCUAAGUCUACCAAAACAAUACGGAAAUAGGCUUUAUUUCACUUUAUUCCUAAAUGAAUUGUAUGCUGGUGUUAUUACCAAUUGAUCACUAAGCAGUAGUAAUUAACGUCAUAUUGUCUACUCCUUGGUUGAAUCGUAGCGAUCAGAUUGCAGUGAAGUCUGUUUUAGAUUUGAAUGGUUUAAAGCUGUUAUCUAGAAUCAGUGGACUUAAGUUUUAUGCUAUUUGACACCUGUUUGCAAUAUUUGUUCAUAGUCUGUAGGGAACUGAUAUUACACCGUCAGAUUCUAACUUAAUUCACCUAAUCCAGAUUCUGGAAGUAUGGAGAAAAAGGAAAUUUCAUGUUGAUGAAAAAUCACUUAACAAUGUAGGAAACCUUCUAGAUUACUUUUUUUCUCUAUUUAGGGAUGGACGAAAUUUUACGAGUUUACGUUUGCUGAUCUUCGUGCUGCAGCCGACGUAAUUGAUCGGUUAUUAUUGAUAGAUCAUGGUCAAAUAUCUAGAACAACUGAAGAUAUUUGGUCGUGGAUUCAUGGUUUAUUUGGUGAAUCAAUUUACGGUGGUCGUAUGGAUAAUACAGUGGACUUAAGUGUAUUAAAUUCAUAUUUAACUUCAAUAUUUAACGAUGAUACAGUGAGAAAUCGUCAACUUGGUCCUUUCAAACUACCUGGUACAAUUGAAUUAAAAACAUCCAACUACUUCCGUUCAUCUCGUAUUCUCUACCAGUGUUACUAUGAUUAGUAAUGUUAUCACCACUAAUAUGAUUAUCUCAUUAAUGGUUUUGUUUGAUAAUUGCUGUCAACUUCAUUACUUUCCAAUGGUUGAGAUCAUGAGUCAAUUGAAGCUAGGCCACCGUGGAAAACCUGGAAGCACUGGACGGCCGUUUCAUCUUAUUGUGGGACUCCUCAGUACUGCGCAUCCACGAUCCCGCCUCGCGAGAUGUGAACCCGGGACCUAUCAGUCUUGCGCGCGAGCGCUUAACCACUAAACCACUGAGCUGGCAUCAUUACUUUUGUUUAUCAUAAUCGUAACAAUUUGCACAUGUUUCUUAUAUACGAUUAUAUAACAAUCUCUCCGUCUUUGGCUUAAUCCGAUCAUCUAUGUUAUUGAAUCGUUUAAAUAUCCCCAUCAUAUAAAAACACUAAUAUUUGAACGAAGAAUAUUCUUUUCGAUAAAUUCUCUUUCGGUUCUACAAUUAUAUGUCCAAAUCAAUAAUCCGAAAAAUGGCCAGGUUAAGUGUAAAGUGCAUCGUUGAAGGCAUAUGAAUUUAGGAUUGUCAAACAAAAUAGAAUAAAAUUGUUUAUGUUGAUAUGACUCAGAUAGAAUGUUAACUUGAAAAUCUAAGAUCCAUGAUCAGAAUAAAUAUGGGUCAGACAGGGUGAGAGAAAUAAUUCGAUCAAAUAUUUGGUGGAUGAUUAUAUUGUGUGAAAUAGUAGUAAGACGUCAUAAGGAGGGAUGAAUGUGAAGUGAAUGAAUCAUGUAUUGGGGAGAUUAAUGACGAUGUUUAAUUAAGAAUAAGAAUAAUAAUAACAAUGAUAACAAUACAAAGAAUUGUGACUACGAAAGGUCGCAAGUUCAAUAGUCAAAUUAGGUCAUUCACUAGCUAACAUUAUUGAUUAAUUGGACUUGAAGUUGGUCAGGGAAUGUGAAGUGAUUGAAGAUAUUUCUUUUGUACUCAUACCUCCGGUUUCUUCAUAAGGAUGGCUACUGAUUCAGCCGUUUGAAAGACUAAGUCUAAAUUACUGACCCGACAAAUAAUUGAAAAGGAUAGGUUUAUACUGGCACUAUGACCAGUUUGCACUAAAUGGGUCACAGGUCUAAAAGUAAUGCUUUCUAAAUGAGGUCUAAAUGUCUUGAUACCCGUCCUUAGUGGGUGCUAACUGCUGAGAAAUCCCAUACAAUAAUAAAGCAGCUGCUCAAUGCUUUCUUAUUUUCAAUGGUGUUUAAUCAAAGUCAGUAUGUAUUGUAAAAAGUAUUCAAAAUAAAGUUUAUAAAUGUACUAUUGAUGAAUGGUUUAUCAAAAGGAUUUACACUUUUGAAUUUUCCAAGGUAAAGCUGAUUAAUCCAUAACUGACAUGUAUUUGUAUCUAUGAUAUCUAACAAAAUUCAGUAAACUUGUUUAAACUUAAUGUUUUGUAUCAAUGAUGAAGGUUUGAGAUCUAUCGAUCUGUUCUUUGAAAUGAAGAGAGAAUAUUAUUAGGUUGUAAUUAAACAUAAUUAUGAAUUGAAUUUAUUUCUAUGCUAUACACUUGUUUAAAGUAAUCACAAUUGAUUGAUCACUGGGUGGCUAUCAAUCUCAUGCGUGUCUAGUCCUUAUUAGUCCAGAUCGAAUGCUAUCGAUCAUGUUGCAAUGUGGCCACCAGUCUAGGUGACUCGACACUGUGGG